CUUCGCGAUUCCCAAGAACUCAAAAGCAAAUUUCUUACUUAUAUAUAAACCCGCCAAUCCCUUACCCUCUUCAUCUCGCCACCUUCAUCGUUUCAUCUUCCUCAGAAGUAAAAAAAUCAUGAACAACAGACCAGGAGAUUGGAACUGCCGUUCAUGUUUUCAUCUAAACUUUCAGAGAAGAGAAUCAUGUCAACGAUGCGGCAACCCAAAACUCGCCAUCGCCGUCGAUCAUUACGGCGGUUCAAACUUCAUCGGAAUCCGUAACGCCGCCGCCGCCGCCGUUUCUUCUCCGUUUGGAUUCGCAAUCGGACCGGACGUCCGACCAGGAGACUGGUACUGUGCGGUUGGAAAUUGCGGCGCCCAUAAUUUUGCUAGCCGUUCAAGCUGUUUCAAAUGCGGCGUUUUUAAACUCGACGUCGAUUCUCAAUCCGCCGGCGGCGGUGGUGGUGGUUUUGAUAACGGCGGUGGGAGAUCGGCCGGAAUUGAGUGUUUUGGUUUUGGGUCUAGCUCCGGCGCCGGGAAUAGUAGCCGUUCUGGAUGGAAAUCCGGUGAUUGGAUUUGUACUAGGUUGGGUUGUAAUGAACAUAACUUUGCUAGCAGAAUGGAAUGCUUUAGAUGCAAUGCUCCAAGGGACUCCACCACUAUGUCCUCCUAUUUUUAACAAUUUCUACAAUUUUGGGCAAGGAAGAAGCAAUUGGUGUGAUGGGAGAGAGAAUCAAGAAAGGAGCUUCUUCCACUAUGAAAACAAUUAAUGGCUCCAGCUUUCACUUUUUCUUUUUUUAGGUUUUCACUUUAUUUAUUUCAUUAUCAAAUUCAGCUUUGUCAGCCUGAGCUUUAUUAUUAUUAUUAUUAUGAAAUUAGAUUAGAAUUUGAAACCUUAAUUAUUAAUCUUGUUCUUCUGUUGUGAGUUUAUGUUUCUAAUUAUUAAUGUUGGAUUCAUUUU